UCACGAAAAUUCCGAGUUUCAGUUGCAUUUCAUAAGUACAGAAAUUCAGCAUGAAUUUAUGUAAAAAUUUGAAGUUCUUACGCCUGGCGCGCUUCUGUAUGCGCAGUUUUGGGAUACUGCCGCCUGCAGCGACAGCGAAGGCAAUGGUGAGCCGGCCCAGUAAGAAUGCCUUUACGUUAGAACCCCUGGAAAACCGCGAGCUGAUACGUGUGCACGGCGGCGAGGUUAUACCUUUUCUGCAGGGCUUGGUGACGAAUGAUGUAGCGCGACUGCAGGCGUCCGAUGGUCCGUCCUCUAUCUACGCGUUAUUUCUAAACCGAGGUGGUCGUGUGCUGUACGACACUAUAAUUUAUCGCACCAACGAUCCGAAUACUUACUUGCUGGAAUGCGAUCGUGAGGCCUCGUCAGAGCUACGUCGCCACCUACGCACCUUUCGAGUGCGCAAACGCAUUGAGAUCGACAGCGUCGAUGAUGAGUACGUGCCCUGGGUUAUAUUUAACGAGGGUAAAGGGAACUCCUUGAAUGAUGCGUCGGUUGCGCCAGAACUGUUUAUUACGCCAGAUCCGCGCCUACCAACCCUAGGCAUUCGUGUGCUGGCGCCUACGCACAUGGGCUGGGGUCGUUUGGUGAAAAGCUUCUGGCGCAAUAACGAGCUCGGUGUCUCGACAGCUACUCCCGAGAGCAAUUAUAAACUACUACGUUACAAGCAGGGAGUGGGCGAAGGCAUUAACGAGUUGCCACCGGGAAAAUGUUUACCACUUGAAGCCAAUGCUGAUUUUCUCAGUGGCGUUAGUUUCAACAAAGGGUGCUACAUGGGCCAGGAGCUAACAGCGCGGGUUCACCACUCAGGUGUUAUUCGCAAGCGGUAUAUGCCCAUCCGCUUGACCGGGCCAGUAAAGAAAUCCAUGAUUGUGAAAUCUUUGGCAGGAGCGAAUCUAGGACAUCUCUUUGGCCACACGAACGAUCGUGCGCUUGCCCUUCUUCGCAUCGAGCAGGUGCUGAACGGUCAGCAGGAACUGAUUGUGGAUGGAGAGCGCUGCUAUGCAGAGAAGCCAUGCUGGUGGCCCAUCGACUUAACGAGCAAGCGUCGUGCUGCACUUUCAACCGAAUGACCAGAUCCAAGUCAGGACAGUGAUACAAAAACUGAUGAGGAAUCUAAGUGAUUUUCACUUAAUAUAGAUGUGAUUUAUUUAAGUUUUACUGUUAUACAUUUGGCUUAUCGUCUAUAGUUAUACCAUGUAAUCGUAGUUAAAAAUUAUACCUUUGAACUGUUCAACACUCGA